CAUCUAUACUUCUAUUCUCUCUACACAACAAAGUUUUCUGUUUGGCCUUCUGUUGCUCCGAUUCGUUUUAAACAAACAAAAACGCUCACUAUUUUCACUUAAAACAUACGAAAAUGUUUACCUUCUCAUCAGAACAAGAUUCCGUUUCUCGUAGAUGUGUUUGGGUAAAUGGCCCUGUAAUUGUUGGUGCAGGUCCAUCAGGACUAGCUGUAGGAGCUUGCUUACGAGAACAAGGAGUUCCAUUUGUCGUUAUAGAAAGAUCUGACUGUAUCGCAUCACUGUGGCAAAAACGAACGUACGAUCGUUUAAAGCUCCAUCUCCCCAAGAAAUUCUGCCAAUUACCAAAAUUCCCAUUCCCAAAUCACUUCCCUGAGUAUCCAACUAAGAGACAAUUCAUCGAAUACCUCGAGCUAUAUGCUAAACACUUUGACAUUAACCCGCAAUUCAACGAGUGUGUUCAAUCAGCUAAGUACGAUGAAACUUGCGGAGUGUGGAGGGUGAAAACUAGUUCACCUAACGGCUUUGAAGUUGAGUACAUUUCCCAGUGGCUUGUCGUAGCCACAGGGGAAAAUGCUGAGAGAGUUGUGCCUGAAAUUGAAGGAUUGAAAGAAUUUGGAGGUGAAGUGAUUCAUGCUUGUGAUUAUAAAUCAGGGAAAAAUUAUAAAGGGAAGAAAGUUGUUGUUGUUGGAUGUGGUAAUUCUGGAAUGGAAGUCUCACUUGAUCUUUCAAAUCAUGGUGCUCAACCAUCAAUUGUCUGUCGUAGCUCGGUUCAUGUUUUGCCAAGAGAAAUAUGUGGAAAAUCAACAUUUGAGCUAGCUAUGUUAAUGAUGAAAUGGCUGCCUCUUUGGCUAGUUGACAAAAUUCUACUUAUUCUUGCAUGGUUUAUUUUGGGAAAUAUCGAGAAUUAUGGACUAAAAAGGCCAUCAAUUGGACCAUUAGAACUCAAGAACAAACAUGGGAAAACACCAGUUUUAGAUAUUGGUGCCUUGGAAAAAAUUAGAUCUGGAAAAGUUAAAGUUGUCCCAGGAAUCAAAAAAUUUUCAUGUGGCACCGUUGAACUUGUCACUGGCGAAAAGCUAGAAAUCGACUCUGUUGUUCUUGCUACAGGUUACUGCAGCAAUGUUCCUUACUGGCUACAGGAAAGUGAAUUUUUCUCCAAUAAUGGAUUUCCGAAAGCACAAAUCCCAAAUAAUUGGAAAGGAAAAUCUGGGCUAUAUGCAAUUGGAUUUACAAGGAAAGGGCUAGCUGGUGCUUCUGCUGAUGCUAUAAAUAUUGCACAAGAUAUUGGAAAAGUUUACAAAGAAGAUCUCAAACAAAAAAAGCAAAAAGUUCCAACACACAGAAGAUGCAUCUCAACUUUUUAAUCCAACU